AUGGCGACGAACAAGUGUAACCGAUGUGGUUCCAACACCAAUCUGGGGUUAAUCAACUGCAGGCACGAGAGGGUUUGCUUGAAAUGUGCCAAAUCAAUGGCGGAAAGGAAAGAACCGUGUCGCUUUUGUGGAGUUGCAUUCACCAUUCUGCAUAAGGAAUUUGCUGUUCGUCUUUGCUCGGCCGACGAUAAGAAAAAGUACUUCGCUGCUGCAUUCAAGAAUGGUCCUCCGGAUUUCGCAAACGACCAUCAAUGGUCUCUGGUUAAACAAUCGCAAUCUUCUGAUGCUAAUGCUAUCGACGCGGAGGUGAUGAAUAAGGAUCCGUGGAUCUUGGAGAAUCAAGAAGGCAUCAAGUACAAAGGGAAUCUUGUUGGCACAUCGAAACGCUUUUUCUUAGAGGAGGAGGAUGAUGGUUCUUCUGUGCUUAUUCCGUGUGAUCAUUGGUUUGGGUUUGAUCGAGUUCCUCCUCCCGGUACUCAGCUGCGUACGACUGAACAAGCAGAGCAGAUAAUGGACAAAAAGCGUAACCGAACUGAAGAGACGAUUCAGAAACGCAUCAAUAAGCGCAUGAGGAAGACGGGCCAGAUCAUAAAGCCAACACCAUCCACAUCCACAUCCACCGGUGAAACAGCUGAGAAAGGUACGUAA